ACCAGCAGCAGCAGCGGACACACAGUGGAACGCACAGUACGGUGUGCCAACACAGACAGACACCAACGACCUACUACUGGCACCUUCUUACGAGGAGGUGAUGGAGCCACGCACUCAAGAUGAUAUCGUUGUGGUGCGGGCAGGAGAGGACGUGGUACACGUUCCAGCCUACGUCUACGAGAUCAUUGAACGGAGCCUUCAGGGUGAGAGGAAAUAAUCAUCUACUGAAAGAGCAUCAGUAAGGCCGGCCACCAUGGCACCGGCUGCUGCCUCUCCUCGCUCAAACUCCCCAUGGAAGAGUGAAGUCGUCUGUCUCCUACCAACAUUUAUUUUAUUUUUUUUUGUCAGCUGUCUCAUUUCCUUGGCCUGCUUCAGCAAGAGUCCAGGAGGAAGACUUGAGAGUUCCAUCAGUCAACGGUAGUGACCGUGACAGCUGGCUCCUCAAGGUGUCAAUUGCAUUUAUCUUCAUAACUUGAUAUAUUAAAUACUUACCAAGAGAUAUGUUGAAAUUAUAUGCUUAAUAAAACAAAGUUUUAUUAAUGUUAAAUGAAGUUUUAACAGGAAGUGAAACUUUUUAUUAAAACUGAUCAAGUUAUAAACAAGACACCUAGUUAAUAAAAAAUGAAAAAGAA